AUGAUGGUCGCGGCGGCCGCCGGGCUCGUCUGCAAUGGGACGGACCCGUGCUAUAACCAUGCGCUCAACCUCUGCUGUCCCGGUGACAAGACCCAGCACGAUGGCCACGGUCGUCCGUUCUGCGAUAUCCAGCUCACGGGUACAUGCCAGAACCAAACAACUUGCUACGACAUCACAUCGAUCUGUGUCUGUGGUGGCGACCGUCCAUGUCGGUCCGCGUCCGGCGCGUGCCUGCCGUGGUCCAACGGGUGCACCAAGCUGAACGCAGCAAUGCAGUUUUGCCCAUCGGGGCCGAUGCCGACGCCGGUCGCGACAACGUCGACGGUCGCACCGCCGUCGUCCGACAAUUUUUUUGCCACCAACUCCUUCGACAGCGUCGCGAACGCCGCAACAACCAUCACGAUCAUCGCGUGCCUCACGCUCGUAUGCAUUGUAGCGAUGGUGCUCUUUUGCGUCUGUCGACGCAAGCCCGUCGCCGAGCCACCCAUUUUGCGCAGCGUCGCGGAGACGUCGGACCGCGAGGAAGCGUUGCUACCUCCUGUUGCCUGCCCGCGCCACGGAUCGUCGUAUGCACCGACGCACACGACAUCGACCGUCGCGUCGCUUCAGAGUCAAGGGUCGUCCCAGGACUCGGCGCUGUCGUCGUCGCGUGAGUUCGACUUGUGCGAGCUCGAGAUGUACCGGAUCCAGUCGUUUGAAAUUUCCAUCGUCAAGGCCCUCGCCCAAGGUGCCCACGGCGAAGUGUGCAUGGGCAUGUACCAGGGCAUUGCGGUUGCUGUGAAGAAGAUGCUGCCCAAAUCCCUCUCCCACGACGAAGUCCAGAAAUUUGUCCUUGAAAUCAAGCUCAUGGCCAAGCUCAACUCGCCGUACAUCGUGCGGUUCAUCGGCGCUUCGUGGCUCCGUCCCAGCGACAUUAUGCUGGUGACUGAGUUUAUGGACAUGGGCGAUCUCCGCAACUUUCUUCAGCUCACGUCGGACGAGACGGUGUCGUGGCAGCAAAAGCUCCAGCUAGCUCUCAACAUUGUCCAUGGUCUCGUCUAUCUCCACUCGCUCGACCACAAGAUCAUCCACCGCGACCUCAAGUCCCGCAACGUGCUUUUGAAUACCAAACUCAACGCCAAGCUUACCGACUUCGGCAUCUCGCGCGAGAUGGACGACAUGACCAUGACGGCCGGCAUUGGCACCUACCGCUGGAUGGCGCCUGAGGUGCUCCAGGACGGUCACUACGCCGAGUCGGCCGACAUGUUUUCAUUUGGCGUUAUUCUCUCCGAGCUGAGCACCCACCGGCUGCCAUACUCGGACUACGUCAACGGCAGCGGGCGCCCGUACACAGACACGGCCAUCAUGGCUCGGGUGAUGAUGGGCGACUUCCAGCCAACGUUUGCCGACGACUGUCCCGAGUGGUUCAAAGCCUUUGGUAACCACUGCAUGGCGUUUCAGCCCGACGACCGGCCGCGCGCCGCCCAAGCUGCCUAUAUUUUGCAGACCGAGCUGCGAAAAAUCGAGGCCUCGGCAAAACUAUAA